GUGUGUUUCGGAAGCAUGAAGUAGCUACCAGCAGACAACGGGUGGAAGAAUUUGUAGUUUUUUUUUGUUAUUAUUAUUUUGUAGAUAAAUCUAACUUCAGGUGGAUUUGGAUACUCUUUCAAGAUGUCUCGAGGCUCUAUUGAGAUCCCUUUACGGGACACAGAUGAGGUCAUCGAGCUCGACUUUGAUCAGCUGCCAGAAGGAGAUGAGGUCAUAAGUAUCUUGAAACAGGAGCACACACAGCUGCACAUUUGGAUUGCUCUGGCGUUGGAGUACUACAAACAGGGCAAAACAGAGGACUUUGUGAAGCUUUUAGAGGCAGCGCGAAUAGAUGGAAACCUCGACUACAGAGACCAUGAGAAGGACCAGAUGACCUGUCUGGACACACUUGCCGCUUACUAUGUUCAGCAAGCACGUAAAGAGAAAAACAAAGAUGCCAAGAAGGAGCUCAUCACGCAGGCCACUCUCCUUUAUACUAUGGCAGACAAGAUCAUCAUGUACGAUCAGAACCAUUUGUUGGGGAGAGCCUGUUUCUGCCUGCUGGAAGGAGACAAGAUGGACCAGGCCGACGCUCAGUUCCAUUUUGUCCUCAACCAGUCCACUAAUAACAUCCCUGCUUUGCUUGGUAAGGCCUGCAUCUCCUUCAAUAAAAAGGAUUACAGAGGAGCGCUGGCAUACUACAAAAAGGCUCUGCGCACAAAUCCCGGCUGCCCAGCUGAGGUGAGGCUGGGGAUGGGCCACUGUUUUGUCAAACUUAACAAACUGGAGAAGGCUCGCUUGGCUUUUGGUCGAGCCCUGGAGCUUAAUUCAAAGUGUGUAGGAGCGCUCGUUGGUUUGGCAGUUUUGGAGCUCAACAACAAAGAGGCCGACUCCAUCAAGAACGGAGUGCAGCUCCUAUCGCGCGCCUACACCAUCGACCCCAGCAACCCUAUGGUGCUCAACCACCUUGCCAACCACUUCUUCUUCAAAAAGGACUACAGUAAAGUGCAGCAUCUCGCUCUGCAUGCUUUCCACAACACAGAAGUUGAGGCCAUGCAGGCCGAGAGCUGCUAUCAGUUAGCUCGCUCAUUUCAUGUGCAGGAGGACUACGACCAAGCAUUUCAGUACUAUUACCAAGCCACUCAGUUUGCCUCGUCCACCUUUGUGCUGCCCUUCUUUGGCCUGGGGCAGAUGUAUGUGUAUCGACGAGAUAAGGAAAAUGCGGCACAGUGCUUUGAAAAGGUUUUAAAGGCCUACCCCAACAACUACGAGACUAUGAAAAUCCUGGGGUCUCUGUAUGCAACGUCUGACGAUCAGGAAAAGAGAGACAUUGCAAAAGGUCACUUGAAAAAGGUAACCGAGCAGUACCCAGAUGACGUGGAGGCGUGGAUUGAGCUGGCACAGAUUCUGGAGCAGACAGACAUCCAAGGAGCGUUGUCCGCUUAUGGCACAGCUACGCGCAUCCUGCAGGAGAAGGUGCAGGCCGACGUUCCCCCCGAGAUCCUCAACAACCUGGGGGCUCUGCACUUCAGACUUGGCAACCUGGGGGAAGCCAAGAAAUAUUUUUUAGCAUCUCUGGAGCGAGCCAAAGCUGAAGGGGAGCAUGAUGAACAUUACUACAAUGCCAUUUCUGUCACCACCUCCUACAAUCUGGCCCGUCUGUACGAGGCUAUGUGUGAAUUCCACGAAGCUGAGAAACUCUACAAAAACAUCCUCAGAGAGCAUCCCAACUAUGUGGACUGUUAUUUGCGUCUUGGAGCGAUGGCUCGUGACAAAGGAAACUUCUAUGAAGCCUCUGACUGGUUCAAAGAAGCUCUUCAGAUUAAUCAGGAUCACCCAGAUGCCUGGUCCCUGAUAGGAAAUCUUCACUUGGCCAAACAGGAAUGGGGGCCGGGUCAAAAGAAGUUUGAACGCAUUCUGAAGCAGCCGUCCACGCAGAACGACACCUACUCUAUGUUGGCUCUGGGUAACGUGUGGCUGCAGACUCUGCACCAGCCCACCAGAGACCGCGAAAAGGAAAAGAGACACCAAGAUCGAGCUCUGGCGAUCUAUAAACAAGUCCUGCGAAAUGAUGCCAAGAACCUGUAUGCUGCCAAUGGCAUCGGUGCCGUCCUUGCCCACAAGGGCUACUUCAGAGAGGCGCGCGAUGUUUUUGCACAGGUGAGGGAGGCCACGGCCGAAAUCAGCGACGUGUGGCUAAAUCUGGCUCACAUCUACGUCGAGCAGAAACAGUACAUCAGCGCCGUGCAGAUGUAUGAAAACUGCCUGAAGAAAUUUUACAAAUAUCAGAACACAGAGGUGCUGCUUUACCUUGCACGUGCCCUAUUCAAAUGUGGCAAACUGCAAGAGUGCAAACAGAUGCUUCUGAAGGCCCGUCACGUGGCACCCAGUGACACAGUGCUGAUGUUUAAUGUGGCCCUGGUGCUUCAGAGACUGGCCACCCUUGUGCUGAAAGAUGAGAAAAGCAACUUGAAGGCUGUGCUCAGUGCUGUCAAAGAGCUGGAACUGGCUCACAGGUACUUCAGCUACCUCAGCAAGGCUGGAGACAAGAUGAGGUUUGACCUCGCUCUUGCUGCUUCAGAGGCCAGGCAGUGCUCUGACCUGCUGAGUCAGGCUCAGUAUCAUGUAGCUAGAGCCAGAAAGCAGGAUGAGGAGGAGAAGGAGCUUCGUGCCAAACAAGAGCAGGAGAGGGACCUGCUGCGGCAGCAGAUGUUAAAGGAACAGGAGGAAAAGAAGAACAGAGAGGCAGAGGAGCAGAAGAAGCUCCUGGAGCAGAGAGCUUUGUACGUGGAGAAGACCAAGAACCUGCUGACCUUCGCAGAGGGAUCAAAGGAAAUGCCCAAAGAAAAGAAGAAAGGCGGCAGUGGCGGAGGAGGACGUCGUAAGAAAGGAGGGGACAUGGAUGAUUUUGUUAAUGACAACUCUGAUGAGGACCUACCAGUGAAGAAGAAGAAGAAGAGAAAGGGCAGUGGCAGUGAACAGGAGGAGGAUGAAAAGGGAGAGAAGAAGAAGAAGAGGAGGAGACCUACUAAAGGAGAAGAUGACAGUGAUGAAGAAGGAGCAUCACAAUCCAAGAGGCAACGUAAACCCAAAGAAGGACGCAAGAAGAUUGAAAAGUCUCAGCCUGAGCGUCUGCCGCCAUCUCUUAAAGGAAAGAUCAAAUCUAAGGCUAUCAUCUCGUCUUCUGAGUCGUCUUCAGAUGAGGAUGGACUGAAAAUAGCUGAAGACAGACAUCAAAGAGACAGCGGUUCGGGCUCCGAUGAUGAGGUUGGCCACAGGAAGCGCAUAGCAUCUGACAGCGACUCUGACGGUGGUCGCAACCAUUCUGGCAGCGAGGCGGGCAGCCCUCAGCGCUCUGUGGGCUCAGACGAUGACGAGUCUGGCAGCGACCGUCCAGUGAAGAAGAGAAGGGUGCAGAGGCAGUCUGAUUCGGAGCAGUCGGACAAUGAGAGCAAGAGGAGUCGGUCGGGAUCAGACGAUGAGUCGAGGGCCGGUUCACCCGCCGCGGCGUCGGACCGGGGAUCAGACAGAGGAUCUGAAGCGGGAUCAGACAACGAGGGCUCCCCACGCCACUCUGACAAUGGUUCAGAGCAGGAGGGCUCCAAUAACGAAGAUGACAACAGUGAUUAACUUUUCAAAUCACUCGGUCUCAUGUCAUGCUGAGAAAACUCUUAUCAUUUGCAUUUAUAUUUUAAAAUAAAAGCAGGAUAUUCUGUUCGUAUGAUAAUUUUGAAUUAGUUUAGAAAAGUCUCCUUUUUUUUGAACAUUGUGUUUUGGUCACGUCUUACUGGAAAUUUCUUUUCAUGGAUGUUUUGUUGAAGAUGUUUUGUUAAAGAGAUUUUGAACUGUUCUAAAGGUGUAAACAUGUCAAAUAAAAAAAACACACACACAUUCUACUUGUACAAAUGUUG